AUCAUAAUACAAUAUUACGGUUUUCAAAAACACGUCUGGCUAGAUUUACAACACUUCCUCUUUGAAAACUCCACUUCGCUGGCUCCAGUCCAGUGGCAGCAGAAUAGGAUACGCCUUGCUCAUGCCUUCUUUAUUUUACUUGUCAAUUGCUCCCCACCUCCUUCAGAUUUCCUGGGAGCUCAAGCACACUUCUAGAAGAGCCGGUUUCAGACAGAUGAGUAGACCAGACCUUAGGGACAUCGGCUUCUGCCUCAUCUUGACUUGUGGACAAGUCUUGUCUCCAUACUAGUCUUCACAUGGAGCUUUACCCAUGUUCUAACAGCACUGCCAUCCAAGGGGAUUAUUCGGUGAUCCCAAGCUCCUUGCUGUUUUCUGCCGGUCUACUAGGAAAUAUCAUCGCCAUUUUCAUCCUAUGGCAACACAAGUUAAGCGCAAGGAAAAAAACCUCCGUCUUUUAUAUCUUGGUUACUGGUCUGACUGUAACCAACCUGUUGGGAAAAUGUUUGGUGAGCCCCAUGGUGUCUGCUGCUUACUCCAAAAACCAAACCCUGGUGGAGAUGGCAAAAGACCGGAGGAUGUGUGAUGUCUUCAGCUUCUUCAUGAUUUUCUUUGGCUUGGCCCCAAUGCUUAUUCUUCUGGCCAUGGCUCUGGACUGUUGGAUUGCCUUGGCAAAUCCAUUCUUUUAUCAUACGUACAUCACCAAAAAAUUUGCCAUGCUGGUCCCGGUGGUGGUAUACGCCUUCAGCGCUGUAUUCUGUUCAAUGCCGUUCUUCGGCAUUGGGAAGUUUGAACAGUAUUGUCCAGGGACCUGGUGCUUUAUACAAAUGACCGUGGAGGACUCGCAGCCUAAAGUUUUGGCUUAUUCUUUACUUUAUGGAACAGUUAUGGGACUACUAGUUGUAGCCAUCAUCAUCUGCAAUGUGGCUACCAUGAGACUCCUUUACCAGAUGUAUCAGAACCAGAGGUGUUCCCUCAAAGUUGGACCCAAGGUAGAAUUUGUUAAGCAGUCCGGCAUGGAGGCGCUCGAUCAUCUAAUCCUCUUGGCAGUCAUGACAGUCGUUUUUUCAAUUUGCUCCCUUCCUUUAACUUUCAGAGUCUACAUCGGAGCCUUCACGAAAGAGAAUAACGAAUACGCCGACCUUAUAGUCUUGAGGUUUCUCUCUAUGAACUCCAUAGUGGACCCUUGGAUUUUUAUCAUCUGUAGGACAUCAAGGUUUCACCACCAUUUGCAUAAACUCUGCAGCAGGAUUCACUAUAUAAGCAAUCCCCCGAGCCAGCUGCUGGAUGAGAGCUUUAAGAGUGAAUUGUAACCUGAAGACUUGGUUGGGAUUUCUAGGAAGUAGCCAAGAUUUUGGAAAGUUGACUAUGGAAAUAUGGGCCGACGCUCUUUCAUGCAGAAGAUGCACUCAAUGUAUUUACAAUGUAUAACUCUACUGAGAGGCGACAAGGGCCGCAGAGAUAUUCCAAGCAGGGUGCAUGCAUUCUCGACACAUGAGAAACAAUGUGGAUGUUUGUCCUGGAAACUCCGUCUGGUGACGUCAUGGAACUCGAUGCUCGAUACUAUGAUAUCAGGAAAGAUAGGAGGGAAGGAGGUGAACUGUGAAUGAGGGACAACAGAGGACCUCUUAUUUUUCAUAAACUAUGUCCCUGGUGGCCAUUGGUUUAGCAAUCUAGUCCCUGGAAUCCAGUGGGACCAUCCCUGUUAACUACUACUUUAGACUGUUCAUAUGAUCUUGGCCGUGUACAGGCAGGGAUGUUCUUCCUUAACUUUAACUGAGAUAUCCCGAGAUGUGCAGCAUGAGAUUAUUUGCAUUAAUCUGUUUGACGUUGUAAACCAUGCAAUUUUUUUUUUAAUCUGCUCAUCUCACUCUACACAUCUCAGGAUAUCUCAAACCAAGAGGAAAGGUAAGGAAGGACCCUAUAAAUAAAUUGUUGGACAGAGUGGGUCACAAAAUGAAAGAAACGAUACUGGCCUUACUGAUCCCCACUAGUCUCCAUUUCCUGAUCCCUUCAGCACACAGGAAAUGUCUGUUCAGCCAAUCACUGACGGAGGCGGGUCACCGCUGUUGCCAGUGAUUGGCUGAGUGGGCAUUUCCUUGUGUAGAGGUGGGACCAAAAAGUACAGACCAGCGGAGACCUGGCAGGGGCCACAAGCCUUUGGCUGAAAAAAAUGACUAGAGGGGCGGACAUACCGCCUAUGCAGCAGGUUCAGCUACACAGGGGCCCAGGUGGGAGUGGGACCCUUCCCAGCUGUAGAGCAGUAGUAGAAAUGUCCAGACUGCACUGCCAAGAUAAGUGUGGGGCUUAUCGGGCUGACGGGGGCAGAGCUUAGUGACCGAUGGGGCAGGUUUGGCUCUCUGAUGGAGUGGUGCGAAGCAGUGCUCCAGGGUCCCCCAGAUAUAACUUUGCUUGGGGCCCCAGAAAUACCAAAUCUGCCCCUGUCAAUAUCAAUCUGUCAAUAGGACAAGUCAUGUUAGCUACUUGGGGGGCACCUGAUGGACCUGGUCCUAAAGAUGCUCUAGCUAAAAAACUAACAAACAAAAAA